AUGGGGGACUCGGGAAUGAAUGGGCUUCGUUCCAAUGGCCACCACAUCCAUUACGACUAUCCACCGUCGCAUGUUGAUGGUCCAUACAGAAUCCUGGACCAAUACCACUCGAAGCCCUCCAAGCUGCGGGUGGCCUGCAUCGGCGCUGGCGCAUCGGGCCUUUGCCUGGCAUACAAAAUGGAGAAGAUGCUGGAGCCGGGGUCUUUUGAGCUGACACUAUUCGACAAGAAUCCGCAGUUUGGCGGAACUUGGUACGAAAACACAUAUCCGGGAGUUGCUUGCGACAUACCAGCGCACGACUACAACUUCACCUGGGACCCCAAACCCGACUGGUCGACCUUUUUUGCAUCCGGAGCAGAGAUUCAGGGAUACUUUGAAGACUUUGCCGAAAGGCAUGGGAGCAAAAAGUACAUGCAGCUGAACAGCAAAGUCGAAGAGGCAAUCUGGAAUGACCAGGAUGGAUGCUACAGUCUGACCAUCAGAAACCCAAAGACUGGCGCAAUGAGAAAGGACUGGGCCCAUGUGCUGGUCAACGGGUCAGGUAUCUUGAAUAACUGGAAAUGGCCCGAUAUCCAGGGCCUUCACGAUUUCGAAGGGCCGCUGCUGCACUCGGCAUGUUGGGACCACAGCGUGGACUUCCGCAACAUCACCGCUGCCGUCAUCGGUGUCGGUUCUACCAGUGUCCAGAUUGUGCCUUCGUUGCAAAAGAUUGUCAAAAAGCUUGAAGUAUACAUGCGAAGUCCAACGUGGAUAUCGCCACCUUUUGGCGCAGGGGCGCUCAACGACGACCUCCAGAAAGGCCAGGAUGUCGACCCAGGCCAGCGGCAGUACACCUUCACCGAAGCCGACAUCAACAAGUUCAAGCAAGACCCAGAGUACCAUCUCGAGUUUCGGAAGAAGAUCGAGGCCGAGAUCAACAGCCUCUUCGGCAUGUACCAGCAAAAUUCUGCGCUGCAGAACCAGUUCAAGGACGCCAUCACCAAGGAAAUGCACCGCCGUAUCGGGCCCGGCCACGAGAAACUCAAACAAUUCAUGAUCCCCAAAUGGUCCGUAGGCUGCCGCCGCAUCUCGCCCGGCGACGGCUUCCUCGAAGCGCUGACCCAGGACAACAUAACCCCCAUUUUCGAGGGCAUCGAGCGCAUCGUCCCCGAGGGCAUCAAGACAGUCGACGGCACAAUCCACAAAAUGGACGCGAUAGUGUGCGCCACGGGUUUCCAAGUCGCCUUCCAACCCGCCUUUACCGUGCGCAACGGCUCAGGCGUCUCCAUCAAAGAAGACUGGACCGACGGGCCCAACCUGUACAUGGGUGUUUCUGCGCCUCGUUUCCCCAAUUACUAUACUAUUGUUGGGCCCGGCGCGACGUGGAGCAACGGCACCCUGCUGCCGAGUAUCGAGACGACGAUUGAGUACAGCGUCAAGUGCAUGAAGAAGAUGCAGAGCGAGGGCAUCAAGGCUAUGAGUGUGAAACAGGAGGCGCUAGAUGAGAUUUACGCGCAUUUCGACGAGUUCCAUAGGACGACUGUGUGGCAGGAGGAGUGUCGUAGUUGGUUCAAGAAUGGGUCGACAACGGGCAGGAUAUAUCUCUGGCCAGGCGCUUGGACUUUCUAUUCCAGUUUCCCUGCCCCUCCUUCUCCCAGUAGUCGACUGUUUAUUACUUACUUCCUACAUAUCGUUUCUGUCAAAAGUGGGCUUUCUAUUCCAUUUUCCUACAUCUCUUCCUUCCAGGCCCCCCAUCGCGAUUAUCUCUCUUCUCGUCUUAGUGCUACAUGCACCCCUGUCGCUCUCUCGACGAUCCACUUCCUCAAAUCAAUCAAGACGCCGCGCUGGGAAGACUACGACUACGUGUACAGAUACAAGAACCGGUUUGCGUUUCUGGGCAACGGAGAUGUCAAGGCCACGGCGACAAGAGACUUGCAUGGGCUGAGCCCAUACAUCCGGAACGGGGAUCACGAGUGGGAUGUAGACUGA